CUCAUUCCCAGCGCACAGGCCGGAGCCGGAGCCCGGGAGAGGAUAUCGGCGGCCAGGGAGCGAGCUGCGGCCUCACAGCCAGUGUCUUCGUCACAUUGUCCUCUUGACUCCAAAUCAAGUAGAAGGGAGCAGGGCAGGGGGCAUGAACCGCGAGGGAGCCCCCGGGAAGAGUCCGGAAGAAAUGUAUAUACAACAGAAGGUGCGAGUCCUGCUGAUGCUGCGGAAGAUGGGUUCUAAUCUCACCCCUAGUGAAGAGGGGUUUUUACGGUCGUAUGCCGGAGUGGUUAAUAGCCAGCUCAGCCAGCUACCCCAGCACUCCAUCGAUCAGGGUGCUGAGGACGUAGUGAUGGCUUUUUCUAGAUCAGAAACGGAAGAUCGGAGGCAGUAAUUGGACCGAAGUCACUGCCAAAUCAAGAGCACACAAGGGGAAGAUGGAGACUAUCCAGAGCUUCCGGAGAUACCUUGGUGGUUCUUUGGAUGCUUUGUUAUAUUUUCCCCACGUUUUUACACUCUCCCAAAGUUUACGUAACAUUUUAGUUUGUGUCCCCUGCUCCUCAGACUCUCCCUGCAGGCCACCUGUUUGUACUUCCAUGUAUUGCACAAGAGAGGCUAUUCCUAUAGGUCCAUGUGAAGGACAGCUGACUAUCCCACAGAGAAGAGACUCGUUGGUGUUUGCGUGGAGACUGACCUUGAUUUUAUCGGUUUUAAUUUUUGCAUUUUCUCAUUUCCAUUCCUGGAACAAGAAGCUCUCUGUAUGAAUCCAUCGCAGUUCCUCUCACUCGCUGAGCUGAAAACCUGGCUCUUUUACAACUGGAAGUUGGAUUGGGAUUAUAAAUGUUAAAGCUACGUGCUGUCCAUUUAGAAAUUAUAUAUGGACUUAAUUUCAUUUUGUAUUUGCAUUUUUUUUUAUUUUAUUUUUUAAUGUUGCGGCUUUGGUUGUUACAACACUGUGUUUUUGACUUGAAAGAAAUGAGUUUUGUUUUUUCAAUAUUUAUUACAAGGAGGCUAGUUUGAAAGAAACAAAUGCUCCUGGAUUUUCUGUUUAUUGUUUAGAGAUUACCUGGGGCAAUAACAUGUGGUUAUGAUUUUACUACAUCAGGUUAACGUUGCGUACUGGAGGGAAGAAUGUCGUACCUUUCCUGAACUCAAAGAAUGGAUGAAUGUGCCAUUACGUCAUGGCAGCUCCUGUCCUGAGAUUGUCACUAGACCACAAACUCCCUUAUUAUGUUUCUGUGUUAAUUUGCAGAGGAAUAGUGAUUUUAAACCCGUGGCAUAUUUUGAUGAGUCUUCCCGUCUGCCUCUGGCUUUGUUUGCACUUACAUUUGCACCCAUUUAUGUAAGUAGGUGCCAAUCAAAGUGAGAUCCCAUAUCUAGAGAAGGAAGAUGGAUGAGCAGCUGUCAGAAUGAAAUGAUACAGAGGGGUGACAAAAAGGUAGAUACUUCUCCAUGUAGAACUAAAUCUUCCAUGGUGCUCAGCCAGUCUUCAGCCUCCAUCCCAGAAACCCUUUAUUGAAAGUGACUUUUUAUGAAAUAUUCAUCCAGCGUGUUGAUGUUUGAAAUACAAUUUAAGCUGCUGGGAUGAGCCUAUUGCUUUUCUGGCAGACUGCGAAUCAGAGAGGUUUUGUGCUGUUAUGAGAAUUAAACGAUGAAUUUUUUGAUUGUAAUUUCAUUGUAAGGAGAUGCACAAACCUGGACUGUAA